UACAGAGACACUUGUCAUCAGGAAGGUGAUCUCUCAGCACAACGGAAAAUAUCUCAAUGACUUGACAUGUUCUGGUUGUGAAUUCAGGCUGCAAGGGGUCAGUGCUCUAAAAUGAGUAUCUCUGGGGAGAGAGUGGAGGGGGGCCCUGCCUCUAAAAUGAGACUCUCUGGGGAACAUGACACCAAAGCUAAGAGACCAAUCCAGCAGGAGAGACCAGCCUCCCCUGUUCCCAGCUGUGUGUCCAUGAAGAGUGACUGGUCUAUGGGUCAACCUUUACAGUUUAGAGAGGGAGACUUUUCUACUGAACAAAGACCAAUCCAGCAGGAGAGACCAGCCUCCCCUGUUCCCAGCUGUGUGUCCAUGAAGAGUGAUUGGUCUAUGGAUCCUCCUCUAAACUUUAGAGAGGGAGACUUUUCUACUGAACAAAGAUACCAACAGGAGAGAUCAGAGUCAGAGAUUCUCAGUGGUCAGUCUUCCCAGAGUCAUCAAACCGACCUGGGCUCCAUAUUCAGUUUGCUUGAAGAGAAAAUCAUGACAUUUGUGAAGAACGAGCUGAAGAUGUUCAAGAGGAUUCUUAGUCCAGAACUCCCAGAAGGCUUUGAGAGUCAGAAUCAGGAUAAAGAAGGGGUGGACAUAGAAGAUGAGAAGCAGGAGAGCAGUGCCAGAGAGGGGGCUCUGAAGAUCACACUGCACAUCCUGAGGAAAAUGAACCAGAAGGAGCUUGCUGACACACUGGAGAAAUAUGAGUUUGCUGUGAUUUGCCAACGUGAACUCAAAUCUAAUCUAAAGAAGAAGUUUCAAUGUGUAUUUGAGGGGAUCGCUAAACAAGGAAACCCAACACUUCUCAAUAAGAUCUACACAGAGCUCUACAUCACAGAGGGUGGAACAGGAGAGGUCAAUAAUGAACAUGAGCUGAGACAGAUUGAGACAACAACCAGGAAACAAGCAAGACCAGAGACUGCAAUCAAAUGUAAUGACAUCUUCAAGCCCUUAACUGGACAAGACAAACCUAUCAGAACUGUGCUGACAAAGGGAGUCGCUGGCAUUGGAAAAACAGUCUCUGUGCAGAAGUUCAUUCUGGACUGGGCUGAAGGAAAAGCUAAUCAGGAUGUCCAAUUUGUAUUUUCAUUCCCUUUUCGGGAGCUGAAUUUGAUGAAAGAGGACAAACACACUUUCAUUGAACUUCUCAAACACUUCUCAAUGGAAACCAAACAAUCAGGAAUCUCCAACUACAACAAGUACAAAGUUCUGUUCAUCUUUGAUGGUCUGGAUGAGUGCCGACUGCCCCUAGACUUCCAGAAGAACAAGAUCUGUUGGGACGUCACAGAGUCAACCUCAGUGGAUGUUCUGCUGACAAAUCUCAUCAAGGGAAAUCUGCUUCCCUCUGCUCUCCUCUGGAUAACUACCCGACCUGCAGCAGCCAAUAAGAUCCCUUCAGGAUGUGUUGACCAGGUGACAGAGGUACGAGGGUUCAAUGACCCACAGAAGGAGGAGUACUUCAGGAAGAGAUUCAGUGAUGAGGACCUGGCCAGCAGAAUCAUCUCACACAUAAAGACAUCAAGGAGCCUCCACAUCAUGUGCCACAUUCCAGUCUUCUGUUGGAUAUCUGCAACAGUCCUUGAACACAUGCUGGAACAUAAGAGAGAAGAGAUGCCCAAGACUCUGACUGAGAUGUACACACACCUUGUGGUGUUUCAUACCAAACAGAAGAAUGAAAAGUAUCUUGGGGAAGAAGAGACAGGUCCACACUGGAAUAAAGAGAGCAUUCUGUCACUGGGAAAACUGGCUUUUCAACAGCUUGUGAAGGGCAAUCUGAUUUUCUAUGAAGAAGACCUGAAAGAGGCUGGCAUUGAUGUUAAUGAAGCCUCAGUGUACUCAGGAUUGUGCACACAGCUCUUUAAAGAGGAAUGUGGGCUGUACCAGGACAAGGUGUACUGCUUUGUUCAUCUGAGCAUUCAGGAGUUUCUGGCUGCUGUAUAUGUGUUCCUCUCAUUCAUCAACAACAAUGAGAAUCUAAUGAACAAACUGAAAACAAAUCAGUCCAGGAGCUUUUCUGUGAGGAUCAAACAAAGGCAUAAAGUUACUUUCUACAAGAGUGCUGUGGAUAAAGCCUUACAAAGUGAGACGGGAAACCUGGACCUUUUCCUCCGCUUCCUUCUGGGCCUCUCACUGGAGUCCAAUCAGAAGCACUUACGAGGUCUACUGACAAAGUCAAGAAGCAGCUCAAAGACCCAUGAAGAAACAGUCAACUACAUCAAGGAGAAGAUCAGGGAGAAUCUCUCUCCAGAGAGGAGCAUCAAUCUGUUCCACUGUCUGAAUGAACUGAAUGACCAUUCUCUAGUGGAGGAGAUCCAAAGCUACCUGAGCUCAGGAAGUCUCUCAGAAGACGAACUGUCACCUGGACAGUGGUCAGCUCUGGUCUUUGUGUUGCUGACUUCAGAAAAAGAGCUGGAUGUGUUUGACCUGAAGAAAUACUCCAGAUCAGAGGAAGGUCUUCUGAGGCUGCUGCCAGUGGUCAAAGCCUCCAGAGCUGCUCUGCUGUCAGGCUGUGGAGUCACAGAGGAAGGCUGUGCUUCUCUGGUCUCAGCUCUGGAGUCAAACCCCUCACACCUGAGAGAGCUGGACCUGAGUAACAAUGACCUGAAGGAUUCAGGAGUGAAGCUGCUCUCUGCUGGACUGGGGAAUCCCCACUGUAAACUGGAGACUCUGAGGCUGUCAGGCUGUCUAGUCACAGAGGAAGGCUGUGCUUCUCUGGUCUCAGCUCUGAGGUCAAACCCCUCACACCUGAGAGAGCUGGACCUGAGCUACAAUCACCCAGGAGACUCAGGAGUCAGACUGCUCUCUGCUGGACUGGAGGAUCCACACUGCAGACUGGAGAAACUCAAUGUGGAACAUGGUGGAGAGAACAGAAUGAAACCUGGACUUAGAAAAUAUGUCUGUGAUCUCACACUGGACCUAAACACAGUAAACAGACGCCUCUCUCUGUCUGAGGAGAACAGAAAGGUGACAUGUAGGACAGAGGAGCAGCCGUAUCCUGAUCACCCAGAGAGAUUUGAGGACUGUGAACAGGUGCUGUGUAGAGAGGGUCUGACUGGGCGCUGUUACUGGGAGGUAGAGUGGAGUGGGGGGGCUGAUAUAGGAGUGACAUAUAAAGGAAUCAGCAGGAGAGGAGGGGUUAAUGACUGUUGUCUUGGAGCCAAUGACAAGUCCUGGAGUCUGUUCUGUUCUGACAACAGUUACGCUGCCUGGCACAAUAAUAAUCGCACUACCAUAGACGUCCCCCCCUCCAGCCCCCACAGAGUAGGAGUGUAUCUGGACUGGCCAGCCGGCACUCUGUCCUUCUAUAGAGCCUCCUCUGACACACUGACCCACCUGAUCACAUUCACCUCCACAUUCACUGAGCCCCUCUAUCCAGGGUUUAGGGUUUGUUGGGAAGGCGACUCAGUGUCCCUGAAAUAAUUACACACACACACAUUGAACAUACAUACACACACUGGGCAAAGACAACCACACUGGACAGAGACACACACACACACACACACAUUGCACACACACACACACACUGGACAAACACACACACACACACACUGCACAAACACACACACUGGGCAAAGACAACCACACUGGACAGAGACACACACACACACACACAUUGCACACACACACACACACACACUGGACAAACAAACACACUAGAGACACACACACACACACUGGACAAACACACACACACACACACAAUUGGACACACACACACACACUGAACACACACACACACACUGGACAAACACACACACACACACACACAAUUGGACACACACACACACACACACUGGUUAAACACACACACGCUAGACACACACACACACACACACACACACACACACACACACUGGACAAACACACACACACACACACACUGGACAAACACACACACUGAACACACACACACUGAACACACACACUGAAAACACACACUCACACACACACACACUGGACACACACACACACUGAACACACACACACACACACUGGACUCACGAACACACACA